CAGAGUUCUCCGCGUUCCGAAGCUCUUGGUGUGGCCGGGACCCGGGAGGAGGAACAGGGCUCGUGGGGUUGCUGCAGACGGUAAUGAUUAAUCUGAUAGACUCUCCAGGACACGUGGACUUUUCCUCAGAAGUAUCAACUGCUGUUCGCAUUUGUGAUGGAUGCAUCAUUGUGGUAGAUGCUGUGGAAGGAGUCUGUCCACAGAUUAAUGCACUCACAGGAACUCUUUUUACUUCUAAAGUCCCAGAAGAAAGAGCGGAGAGAGAGACUGAAUCCCAAGUGAAUCCAAAUUCUGAACAAGGAGAGCAAGUAUAUGACUGGAGCACUGGCUUGGAGGACACAGAUGAUUCUUAGCUUUACUUCUCUCCAGAACAGGGAAAUGUGGUGUUUACCAGUGCAAUAGAUGGGUGGGGCUUUGGAAUUGAGCACUUUGCCAGAAUCUACAGUCAAAAAAUUGGCAUCAAAAAGGAAGUUCUUAUGAAAACCUUGUGGGGAGAUUACUAUAUAAAAAUGAAGGCUAAAAAGAUCAUGAAGGGUGAUCAGGCCAAAGGAAAGAAACCUUUAUUUGUACAGUUGAUCCUGGAAAAUAUAUGGAGUUUGUAUGAUGCUGUCUUGAAAAAGGACAAAGACAAAAUUGAUAAAAUAGUGACUUCUUUAGGAUUAAAAAUUGGAGCCCGGGAGACACGACAUUCAGACCCUAAAGUUCAGAUCAAUGCCAUUUGCAGUCAGUGGCUACCCAUAUCCCAUGCUGUUCUUGCGAUGGUGUGUCAGAAACUUCCUAGUCCCCUUGAUAUUACAGCCGAGAGAGUGGAGAGACUGAUGUGUACAGGAUCACAAACUUUUGACUCUCUUCCACCAGAAACUCAAGCACUGAAAGCAGCCUGUAGGCCUGUCACUCAAGAAGAAAUUGCUCAGAGACGUAAGCGUGCAAGACAAAGGUAUGCAGAGAAGCUUGCAGCAGCACAGGGACAGGCACCCUUGGAGCCCACCCAAGAUGUCAGUGCCCUUGAAACAUGUCCAAAAGGAGAGGAGCCAAGAGGUGAUGAGCAACAGGUGGAAAGUAUGACCCCUAAACCUGUGCUCCAGGAAGAAGACAACCAAGAGUCUUUUAUUGCAUUUGCUCGAGUGUUCAGUGGUGUGGCUCAAAGAGGAAAGAAAAUUUUCAUCUUGGGGCCCAAAUACAGUCCUCUUGAGUUUUUACAAAGGGUACCAUUAGGCUUCUCAGCUCCACCAGAUGACCUCCCCCCAGUCCCCCACAUGGCAUACUGUGCUCUGGAAAACCUGUAUCUUCUGAUGGGAAGAGAACUGGAGGUACCUCCAGGAAAUGUGCUAGACACUAGGCUUCCCUUCCCCCUGGUGCAGCCGGACCUUCUGUGGUGUCUUGAGCAAGCCCCUGGUGCUGUGUGGGCCUCUGCGGACUCAAGGUCUGGCACCUGACUUAUACCCUGUUGUGAUAUCCUGCCAUCUGGCCCCAUAUGGAGUCCUACAGGGGACUGUGAGACCCAGGUGUGAGCACUGGCUCAGGCCCCUCUCAGAGGUCUGGUGGUCCAGCAUCUGUCCACGGGCCUCCUCUCCUCGUCCUCUUAUCCAGGCUCCUGCCUCUGCCACAGUUCCCCAGAGGUGACCUUCAGCCUGGCCCAGGGGCUCACACACUCCUGAGGGAGGCAGGGCCAGACUCAGGCAAGGCCUUGGGGGACACAUCCCAGUGGGCAGGACACUCUUGGGGGUGGAACUACAGGGAGGAGAGGCAGGGCAAUUGAGGCUUGAGGUGCCUGGCACCACUCAAGGUGAGCAGCCUGCUCCUUUUCUUCAGUCUCAGAUGGAGCGGAGGACAGAGGUGGGGAAGAGAGGCCACUGAGACAGUAGGGCUUGGUUAUGGAUGACGGGGGUCCUUGUGUGAUAUAAUUAGGCUUUGUGUCUCCACCCAAAUCUCAUCUUGAAUUAUCCCCAUUUUCCCCACCUGUCAAGGGAGAGACCA